UCUGCAAUAAAUAAUUAAUUGGAACACGCCCUAACUAACACUACUAAGCACUUCAGUGACUUCACAAUAUGGGGUUGAGAAGGAUCAAUGUAGCGGGUUUGCAAGAGUUGUUGUCCAGUGUAGAAGUGUUAAAAGAGGGUGGAAAUAGAUGUAAAAUUUUCGUACUAUUUUGUGGCUCAACUGAUCAACAGACUGGCCACAGUUGGUGUUCUGAUUGUGUGAAAGCUGAUCCUGUCAUUGAAAAUGUGGCAUCAAAGCAAAGCAGUGGGGUCCUGAUCACUUGUUCUGUCGGAGAUAGGCCAGCUUGGAAAGAUCUCAACAAUCCAUUCCGAACGAAUCUCAAACUAACUGGUGUUCCAACACUCAUGGAAUGGGAAACGACUAAAAGAUUGAACCCUGAACAAUGUGCUGAUGAAGAUCUCGUUAAGAUGUUGUUUGAAGAAGACUGAACAAAGUUUUAUUUUACAUGAAAUUAGCUUUGCUGACUGAAUUUGUAAUUUGAAGGGUAUUGUGCUGUUGUCCUACUAAGCACCUUUGACUCCA